GAAUGUAACGUAUCGUCCGAUGUUUUUCACCUGUUGCUUGCAGUUUUUCGUGUGACAGUUGUGUUUGAGUUCUGUUUCGAAAUGGUUAUCGUAACUGACAUUUCAACAAAAGAUGCGAACGGUGAGGAUACCGAAGAUGUGAGGAAGUCAGUGGAAGAAAUAGAUGAAGAACGUAGAAAAACAUUGGCUUAUGAAUAUCUCUGUCAUUUGGAAGAAACUAAGAAAUGGCUGGAAGCUUGUUUGAGAGAAACAUUGCCUCCCACGACCGAAUUAGAAGAGAAUCUUCGCAAUGGAGUGUAUCUGGCCAAACUUGGCCACUUUAUGGCACCUGAUGUUUUAUCAUUGAAUAAAAUCUAUGAUGCUGAACAACGCAGAUACAACGCAGUAGGAUUACAGUUUCGUCACACAGAUAACAUAAAUCACUUUCUGAAAUGCUUGGAAUCUAUGCGACUGCCAUUGAUAUUCCUGCCAGAAACAACAGAUAUAUAUGACAAGAAGAAUAUGCCACGAGUGAUAUAUUGUAUUCAUGCUCUUAGCACGCAUUUGUUCAAAUUGGGACAAGCACCACAAAUACAAGACUUGUAUGGAAAAGUCAAUUUCUCUGAUGAAGAAAUUAACGCUGUCAGUAAAGAGCUGCAAAAAUAUGGCAUCCAAAUGCCUGCUUUCCAAAAAAUAGGAGGUCUAUUGACGAACAGUAUUGCUACAGAUACAGCUGCUCUUCAUGCUGCCGUAAUUGCAAUUAAUCAAGCUGUGAUAGAUAAUAAUAACGAUAAAAUUUUACGUACUCUUCAAAGUAAAGAGGCGCAAUUAAAUAACAUUAAACCUGUUUAUAUCGAGAAGUAUGUCAAGGCAUUGUCAGAGGCAAAAGCUGCAAAAGUGGAAGCAGCACUUAACAAAUCCCUCAACGACAGUUAUGUAGCGGAUGCAUAUGAUGAAUUAUUAACACAAGCAGAAAUACAAGGACACAUUAAUUAUGUAAAUGCUUUCUGUGCGCUAGAAAUUAUUGUUUCGUCUGUAUCACGCAACAACGCUGAAUUAAUAUCCGCUUUAGGGAUAUCGACAUUAUCCUUCAAGAAUAUAAUUUCUGAGAAUGUGGAAGAUUACAAAGAACAAUUAAUCCUGGUACUAGACAAAAUGGAAUGGAAUGAUGUAUAUCCAUCCGAAAGCAUCCAGUACUGGACAGAUACGUUUCAAAGUGCGAUUGAUAAAGGAAACGAGAAUGCACAGCGACGUCGCAAACGAGGGGAAACUGUGAAACAUCUGAAUAUGGCUUUAGAAUCUGCUGACGUAAAGAAAUUUUGCGAUAUCUUGCAAAGUUUAUCUCUGGAAAUUUCUCAUUGCUUCGAUGAAUUUGCAAUACCAUUGUAUUAUCAGGAAAUGAAAGAAGAUCGUACAAUAUCUGAAAUUAAUCUCACCUACGACGACAUAAUAGUUAGCAUAAAUGUGUUAUCCGUUAUUGCUGCUAUUACUAAAGCGGUGGACACGAAAAGUCCAGAUUUCGUGUACGAAAAGUUGUCGAAUCCCAAUGCACGUUUAACUGGGCUGGACGAAUUUAACAAAGUCAAGUAUGCUCAGGCACUAGCAACGACUCGGAAGAUAAAGCUAGAAAUAUCCGAAGAAUGUCCUUUAUUAACUUACAGCGACAUUCAAGAAUGCAUUGAUUCAGUGAAUGCGCAAUGUGAUGAGGGUUUCGAAGUUAUAGAGAUUUUACAUAAACUAAAUCAAGCGGUGUCGGCGAACGAUCAUGAAAACAUGAUGAGAGCCUUGGAAAUGAUAACCGAGAAGUUCGGUAUACCUACGUUCCCGAAAGACGCGCCCCUUUAUUCGCGGCUGUUCAAAAAACGUUUAAUUGAAAAACAAUCUGACGAAUCUGGAUUGUGGUUGGAUGAUGUUGAAACCAUAGCGAAGGCAAUUACAUUGGAAAUCGAGAAAAUCGAAGAAACAAUUACAUUUUUAUACAAUAUCAAUACGUAUGUGAAAAACGAUAACGUGAUGCAAACACUCAACUGCCUCGAAACAGCUGAGGAAUUUAAGGAACUUAGUGAAGAAUAUCAAGAGAGUUGCUUUCUAGCGCUACGACAAUUGCAAAGAGAAAAGCGUGAAAUACACAGCUGUCCAUACAUUUCGUACACCACCAAUGAAGGGAAUAAAAUCUACAUUGAUUUGAAAAAUAAAAGAUACGCUUGGGAAUGUCCUGUAAACUUCACAGAAAGUUACUAUCUCACUACAGACGAUAUAAACGAAACAAUUGAAUCCAUUAUAGUGAAGAAACGUGAGGAAGAAUGUAUGAUAUACGAUGAAAACUUACUUACUGGACUUCAAGCUUCCAUCAGAGGAUAUCUGUUGCGUAAAAAAAUCGCUAAGAGACGCGAUUAUUUCAAAGAUUACGUGAGAAAAGUCAUCGCGAUACAAGCAUGGUGGCGAGGCGUCAGGCAACGUAAGCGAUAUCUGAAGGAAAGAGAGAGGCAGAACGCAUUAUUAUAUCAGAACAAACUGUUAAGUGCGAAAAAAAAUUACAAGAAUGAUAAAUUACGUCAGGAUAAGUUAAAAGCAAGGACAAAUGACAGGGACGAUAAAUUGAGCCGAUAUAAAAAACAUGAGGAUAAAAUAAUAAAGAUACAAGCUCUAUGGCGCGGCCGAGCAUCGAGGAAAGCCUUUCAUUCGUUAUUGUACUCUACAAGACCGUCGUUCCCUGUGGUUAGAUAUUUUUCGGCGGUGUUGGGCUUCAGUGCGGAGGACUAUGACAAGGAUCUAGAAUUACAAAAAUUGAAACACAAGCUCGUCCAGUGCAUAAAACACAAUCAGAAUCUGUCGGAGCAACUGAAUAACAUGUACAUCAAAAUAGGAUUGUUGAUUCAAAAUAGAAUAGCGCUACAGGAUGUAGUAGCGCACAGCAAAAGCCUGGACACUCUUGCGAAGGAGAAGAAUGCGAGUAAGGAGCAGAACGUUGUUGUAUGCGAUGUCACUGCGAUCGCGCACAAAGGUCUCAAGUCGUUAACGAAGGAAGGUCGUAAGAUGCUGGAAGGCUAUCAGCAUCUCUUCUACGCAUUACAAACAAAUCCGCAAUAUCUUUCCAAGCUGCUGUACUUACCACCCACCAACAAGACGAACAAGCUGUUCUUAAAGAAUAUCAUCUUAACGCUAUUCAAUUUUGGAUCGAACACACGGGAGGACUACUUGCUGCUGAAACUCUUCGGUUGCGCGUUGAGAGAGGAAAUCAGGUGCAAUUGUCAUCAGCCUUCCGAUGUGUUGACCGGUAAACCGCUGGUUCGCGAGAUGGUGGUGAAUUACGCGAAACAAUUCAACGGUCAGGUGUCACUGAAGCAAAUCGUAGGCCCGUUGAUCGAAAAGGUCCUGGAAGAGAAGGAUCUGUGCAUGGAGACGAAUCCGGUGGACAUAUACAAGCUCUGGCGAAAUCAGAUGGAAAUGGAAUCCGGCCAGUCUAUAAAUUUACCUCACACGGUGUCCCAGGAACAAGCGUUGAGGCACAUUCCCGUGCAGGAGUCGCUCACGAAGGCGAUAAACCAGCUGAAGAGAAUCUCCCUCGAAUUUUUGAACAGAAUAACGCAAUCCCGCGAUCUGAUUCCCUACGGAAUGCUGUACGUAUCGAAGGUUCUGUACACGUCGCUGUUGGAGAAGUUUCCGCUCGCUCCCGAGAAGGAUGUUUUGAAGGCCGUCGGCAAUCUGAUUUAUUAUCACUUCAUCAACGCCGCGAUCGUGGCACCGGACACCUUCGACAUCGUUACACUGCCGGUCGACAGAUCGUUGUCUUCCUGCCAGAGGAAGAAUCUGGCCAGUAUAGCCAAGGUGUUGCAGUUCUCCACCUCGAAGAAGGGCUUCGGCGAGGAGGCGCCGCAUCUGGAGUGCCUGAAUCACUUCAUAAUCGCCUGUCACGAGAAGUUCAAGAACUUCUUCCGGUACUGUUGUCGAGUGGAGGACCUCGAGGAGCACUUUAACAUUCACGAGUACACGGAAGCCACGCUCAUACAAAGUCCGGAGAUCUACAUAUCUCUGCAGGAAAUAUGUGAGGUGCACACUUUGAUGCUGAAUUAUCAGGACCAGAUAGCGCCGGAUCCAUCCGAUCCCCUGCACGACUUGCUGGAGGAUCUGGGCCCGGCGCCGACUGUGGCGUCGUUGCUCGGCAUAUCCGACACCGUCUACCAAGCGAACUUGGCGCGGUACAGCAAGCAGGAGGUGUGUCUGGUGUUGAGUAACAAAUUCCAAGUGCCGCGGAACGACGACACGAAUCUCAGCAACCUCUUCGUGAAGGCGAAAGAGUUGCUCGUCUCGGUCAUCCCGUUCUUGAAGAAGCCGACUCUGGUGGAGUCCCUGGAGAGCACCUCGUCCCCGAUGUGCGUGAAGCUGUUCGAUUACUCGUCCGUGUCGUCGCCGACGGUCCGCGAGAGCUCAUCCAUAAACGACUGCAAGAUGCAGCUGCGCGCAUACCUCAAUAAGCUCGAACUCGAGGGCUGGGUGAGUCGCGCGGACGGCUAUCAGACGAUCGUGACCGCAAUAGCGAGGGACAUCUGCAACAAGAAUAAGUAUCGUGUUAUAAGAGAUAAGGAACUGCAGACGCUGCGUGCGACCAAGGAGCGACUGGACGAGAAGACGAGAUAUUACCAGGAGCAAGUUGAGUUCUACAACGAGUACAUAAAACGCUGCCUCCAGAGUCUGCACGCCGGCAAGAGCACACUUCGCGCGUAUCAAGCGAUGCGGAAGGACACGUACAAGCCGUCCAAGCUGAGGUCCAAGAUGACGGUCAAGUAUUCCGCUUGGAAAUUGCACGAGAAGGGCGUGCUGAUGGAGAUCGACGAGGCACUCAGCCCGACGGAGAUGAAAAACGUCAUCUUCGAGAUAAGCCCGACCGAGCACAGCGGCGUUUUCGCCGUGCGCUGCAAGUUUAUGGGCGUCGAGCUCGAGAAACUCGACAUCAGUAUACAGGAGUUGCUCGAACUGCAGUACGAAGGCACGUCUCGCAUGGACAUAUUCGGCAGAGCGAAAGUUAAUGUAAACUUGCUUCUGUAUUUAUUGAAUCGAAAAUUCUAUGGUAAGAAAAGUUGAAAGGAUUCUCCCUCGACACUCGGCGCGUCCUUCGGCAGAAGCAUGAGGCAAACGAAGUUGGUUUAACGCGUGUUAUACGUGCAAUUCAUUGCCAGCACAACGUGUUCAGAUUAAAAGCUUGAUUGUUUGUCACCGCGACAAAUGUAACUAAUAUGAUUUUUCUGUGUAUUUUCAGAACGUUUUCGAAAUCAUCGAUAGAUUUUAACACGCAUAACUAUACGUAAUAUAUGGAGUGUAGAAGUUUGUAAAGUUUUACUUUUUUUCUAUUGAAAUGGAAUAAUUUUAUUGUCUUCUUUUCGAAGAUGCAUUUUGUUUUUACGCGUGUUUAAUACAAAAAAUGUAUUUUUUUGGAUUUCAGAGUUCUUACAUUCUCUUUCAAUUCUGUUUUUUUUCCUUCAUUUUAAUGUUUCUUUUUCCUAUACAUGAUUAGAUCUUUACUUUAUUUUGAAUAGAAAAAGAAACAAAUCUAAAUGAAAUCUUUUUUGCACUCUGCUAUUUAUAUUAGCAAAAUGCAUCUAUUAUAUAUGGAAAAACGUGACUUAUUUUAAACGUGACGCAUUUUACAUCCUUGACAAUAUUAAUAUUGGUAUUAGUAUUCUGUAUCCGUUUUUCAGCAUUAUUUGCGCUAACUGAAGUGACAAGUCGAUAAUAUUUCAUAUAUAAAUAGUAUUUUAUAUAUAUUCGAGCAGUUUGUAGAUGUCAAUUUGACUUGUUAAUUUAUUCACAUUUUUAAAUUAACUUUAAAACGGUUGCUGACAGAGUCUCAUGAGUUUCUGCACUCCAGUAAUACGUUAGUCUGCUUAACAGCAAUCUAUCUAGUCUACGAUAUAGCAUGCGUCUUGUAAAUAAUUGUAUUCGUAAAUAUUCGAAAGUAUUAAUGAAAUAACAAGAAUCAUGUAUGUACGACGAGUCUGCAAAUUUGAUUUCAAGCGUGAUUAUGACUAUUUUGCAGAUUCCGAAGUAUGGAUUUAUAUAAAGUUAAUAUUAUUUUACAUUAUAGAACUCUUAAUCGCGACAUUGUAAUAUAUAACUUUAGCAAUAAGAUUAAAUCGUCAAUCUUAAUAAA